AGACAACGCCGCCAGAUGAUGUUCUCCGUACUUGCUCUCUGUCUUUGGUCACUACUUACCACCCACCUCCACAUUCUAUAAUUCCCACCAUGAAACUAUCCACCAUACUCGGCUCCGCAGCUGUAUUCCUGGCCGAAGCCGAUCAUGUCACCGCCCAACACUGGUUUAGCAGCUGCUCGGGAACCUUCUUCAUUGUCGAGCAGCGCUGGAUGGUCGCCCAGUGCCAGACCACGUACAACACCAUGAGGUGGUCAAAGCUGGAUCUGAAUCCUUGUAUCUCGAAUUUCAAUGGCAAUCUGUUCAAGACGAACGGGGUUGUUCCGGGCGGAUGAAUUUGUGUCCAACCAGGACGGAUGGCUCGAGUGCUAUGGUCAUUGGUCUCAGCCGCUUUAAACCCCUAGGUAGACAAAAUGAAAAGACAGACAUCCAA